AAAAAAUCGAUACAGUCUUUAGAACGUUUUCGUCAAAACAUAGACAUGAAAUUACAAUUCAUUUUAUUGAUCGGUAUUAUUUUGCCAGCUGUGCUAGUCUCAGUCCGAGUGCCCCAAGAUAAACAUCAUCUGCUAGAGUUGUUGUUCUCCGAUGAGGAGAAUCUCAUUGACCACGAAUGUUUCGAUGCCGUUAAAGAUGAACUCAUGAGAGAACUGGAUGAUGUCGUAGACUAUUUGGUUGAAAGAGUCGAAAACGAUAUGCCAGUUUACAGGAAAGGUCUCCGCGUAAACAUCGCCAAGCUCAUUGAUGAACAAUUGUUGCCUAAACAUUUGGUCGAUGCAAGUGAUGAUUGCAUUCGUCGCGUGAAACAAGUCUAUAAAAUCGUUCUCAAAAAGAGGUACGGCAAGCCAUUAAAAACCAUUGAUCCUGAUUUUUAAGGCCUUAGCAAUGUAACAUAUUUUUAAUACUGCCAAUAAAUCUAUGGUCAAAUGAA